CCCGGCAUUUACUUGAAGCUAUAUCGACAACUGACGUUACCUUCCGUUUAUCUUCGUUAUUUCUUCUAACAUUAUUUAAAUCUCUACUUUUCAACUGUCACUCCCUCUCUUUCUUUCUCUCUCCAUAUCAAGAAAAAAAUCUCACAUUUUAAUUUUAAUUAAUUAAUUAUAGUCGCUUUCUCUAUCAAUCUCUUGCAUUCUACUACUACCGGAAAAGUUAACUUUAACUUUUUUUUAGAGAGAGAAAAUCAAUAAUGGAGGGUUUGAUCAAGGGUCUCGUCGACGUUGCGAUCGGCCACCAUGAUCGACGAAACGACGACGACGAUAACAACAACAACAACAACAAUUCUGAAGCAAUAGAAGAACGUUCUAGAUCCAGCUGGGCGCAGGUUGUAUCUGGGGAGCGGGAUAACGAUCAAACGGAUCAACACAAUUCUUAUGCUGCUGAGAAUUCCGAAUUCCGUAAAUCCAGACCUCACCAGACUACACAAGAGAAUUAUCAACAGGAUGAACAUCAAGAGAGGCCUAGUUAUAACCGAAAUGAAGAGAACGAACAAGAGGAAAACGCUGAUGGUUGGCAACCUGCCCACAAGAAGCAUCAGAAGCGGCCUCAAAAGAUUCAUAUGGAACAUUGGGGUUCAUAUAAAUGUCCAGCAAAUGAGCAGCAAUAUUCACAGGAAGUCAACUAUGAUGGUGAAAUGGACCCAUCUGAAAAUGAGCUUUCUGAUUACAGAAGAGCUUGUGCAAGGCUAUGGGAACUCGAUUUAAACCGGUUGACACCUGGAAAUGACUAUGAACUUGAUGUUGGUGAGGGAAAAAGGGUCCAUGACAGGGAAGAUAUGGCAGAAGCCAGUCUCUUUUCAUGGGUUAGUGAAGAUGUUUUGAGGAAACCUACUUUUUCUCGUUUCUGUGCCUUGCUUGACAACUACAACCCACAUGAAGGAUAUAAGGAAAAGGUAACAGAGGAAGAAAGACGGGAACAAGCCGCAUUUGUUGAAGAGAUUAGUAGAACUGCACCUAUCAAGUACCUUUACAAGUAUCUUUCAAGCAGUGGAAUUUUCACUGAGAAUUACCAGGAAUUUAAGAGAAUGCUAAUAGAUCUCUGGUUCACUCUUUAUGGCCGAGGUGGUACUUCUGGAUGCUCAUCUUCUUUUGAACAUGUCUUUGUUGGAGAAAUCAAGUCGCGUGGAGAACAACAAGUUUCAGGCUUUCACAACUGGCUUCAGUUUUACCUUGAGGAAGCAAAGGGCAAAGCAGAUUAUCAAGGUUAUAUCUUGCCUCGCAGAAACAGGCAAUUUCCUGAUUCCGAGACACAGUUGCUCACAGUUCAGUUUGAGUGGAAUGGAAUCCUCAAAUCUCUGUCAAGCAUGUUUGUAGGAGUAAGCCCGGAGUUUGAACUAGCCCUGUACACAUUGUGCUUCUUUGCAGGAGGAGAGGAAAACCACAUAGAGGUGGGUCCAUACCCGGUUAAUAUCAAGUGUUAUCGUCUAGGAAACAAAAUUGGUUCUGCAUUUCCUAUAGCUCAGGCCUGAUCUGAUCUGAUCUGAUCUGAAUAAGCUAUUAUUGUAUUUUGAAAUCCAUUAUUGAUAUCAAGACAGAAAGACUCAACAUUUUUCUGCUACAUAAUUUAAUUUCAUUUUCUGAUAUUUCUCAAAGAAAUAUCUAAAUGGGAUCACCCAAAAAUGACUUUCAAGGGGAAUAUCCAUCAUAAUCUUGUAGGUGCCAAAAAGAAACCAGAAUAACUUCUCUUUAAAUUAUCACUCCAACUCUCCAAGGGAGUAUGAGUUGUAUUGUUGUAGCUUUUGAAAUGGACUUGUUUAUGCAA